CUCUUGUCGAGUUGCAGUUCUUUCAUGGGUAAAUGGUCAGGAUUUCCAACUGGUAGAGGCUGGGGAUGGAAUUUUCUGCCCUUCUGACUUCGGCGGGGAUAAACAUCGGUGUCUGCGCGCUUUUCUUGUCCCUCUAUUCAGUCCUGAGGAAGCAACCUCACAACUUCAGUGUCUACUUUGGAAGGCGGCUUGCUGAAGAGAAAUUCCAGAAGCAGGACGAUUACUUCUCAUUUGAGAGGCUACUGCCUACUGCUGGUUGGAUUGUAAAAGCAUACUGGUGCACCGAAGAAGAGAUUCGGCAAGUUGCUGGCUUGGACUCAGUUGUGUUCCUACGCCUCUUCAUUUUCAGCAUUCGUAUCUUCUCGAUCACUUCUCUUGUUUGUAUACUUGGAGUGCUCCCCGUUAAUUAUCAUGGGCAAGAAAUGACUCACAAACAUAUUCCGGCAGAGUCACUGAACGUUUUUACUAUUGCCAAUGUCAAAGAAGGAUCACGAAUGCUUUGGGUGCACUGUGUUUCUUUAUAUGUUAUAACACUCUCGGCUUGUAUUCUUCUUUACUAUGAGUACAAGUAUAUUUCAAGGAAGAGAUUAGCACAUAUUACUGGAUCGCCACCAAAUCCUGGCCAUUUUUCUGUGCUUGUUCGUUCAAUUCCGAAGUCAGACAACGAGCUGCUUGACGACACAAUCAGAAAUUUCUUUGUUAACUAUCAUGGCUCAAGUUACUUGUCACAUCAAAUGAUCUAUAGGAAAGGAAUUUUUCAGAAAUUUGUGGAUAAUGCAGGGAGGGCUUGUAGGAAAUUUGUAAGGGUAAAACUUUCUGUAUUUGAUCAGAAUGGAAGGUCUAACUUGUCCAGAUGUGGUCUUUGUGGAGUAAGAGCUUCCUCAUUUCAGCUUUACCGUAAUAAGUUCAUUGAAGCCAAGAAGUCAGACCUCAGUAAUCCACAAGUAGUUGAAGCUCAAAAGGAAUGUCCAGGUGCUAUAGUAUUUUUCAAGACUCGGUAUGCAGCAAUUGUGGCUUCACGGGUGCUUCAAUCUUCAAACCCUAUGUUAUGGGUAACUGAUUUGGCUCCUGAGCCACGUGAUGUAUAUUGGUCAAAUCUCUGGAUCCCCUACAGACAAAUCUGGCUACGGAAAAUAGCAACACUUGCAGCUAGUGUUGUUUUCAUGUUUGUGUUCAUUAUCCCAGUCGCAUUUGUUCAAAGCAUGAUGCAACUGGAGCAGCUUCAGAAAAUUUUUCCAAGCCUCAAAGGCGUACUAAAGAAGUCCUUUUUUGCCAGGGUUAUAACGGGGUACCUCCCUAGUGUUGUUUUGUUGCUGUCCUUGUACACUGUCCCUCCAUUGAUGAUGCUCUUCUCUUCAAUUGAAGGAACGAUUUCUCGCAGUGGCAGGAAAAAAAGUGCAUGCUGCAAAAUUUUGUUCUUUACCAUCUGGAAUGUCUUCUUUGUUAAUGUCCUAUCAGGAUCCGUACUUAAUCAGCUGAAUGUCUUCACCAGACCAAAGGAUAUGCCAUCUAUGCUAGCUGAACUUGUACCAAAGCAGGCUACAUUUUUCAUCACGUAUGUCCUAACAUCAGGCUGGGCAAGUUUGUGCUCGGAGAUACUGCAAGUGUACAACUUAGUAUAUAACUUCUUCAGCAAAUGUAUAUUUUGCUGCCAGAACGAUCCGGAAUAUGUCUACUCUUUUCCAUACCAUACUGAAGUCCCAAAAGUUCUCCUGUUCAACCUGCUUGGCUUCACAUUUUCGAUAAUGGCACCUCUCAUACUGCCCUUUUUGCUCGUGUACUUCUGCCUCGGCUACCUGGUGUAUCGGAAUCAGAUCCUAAACGUGUACUACCCAAAGUACGAAAUGGGAGGGAAACUAUGGCCGAUCAUGCACAACACCUUGGUGUUUGCCCUAGUUUUGACACAGAUCAUAGCUCUCGGUUGCUUCACAAUAAAGCACUCCCCGGUGGCUACAGGGUUCACCAUCCUGCUCCUCGUCGGCACGGUCCUCUUCAACGAGUACUGCAGGCACCGUUUCUCCCGCAUUUUCGACGCUUACUCUGCUCAGGACCUGAUAGAGCUGGACAGGGACGACGAGCAGUCCGGGAGGAUGCAGGAGAUCCACCAGCACCUCCUGGACGCCUACAGCCAGUCCCCGCCGAGCGACGGCUCACCCGGGUCUGCCAGCAUCAGCCAGGCCCCGAUCGAGCUGAUCCUGGAGGACCCGGCGCAGGAGGCGUCCAACUCGAGCCAGGAGCUCUGCGACACCGUGCAGGAGGUGUCCGACUCGAUCCAGGAACACAUUGUUGAAGACAAGCCGCACAGCGUGUAGGUCGGUGUGCUUGUUUAGGCCAAGUAGCAGCUGACUGAGCUAGCCGGGGAUGGCUGCUUCGGUGGUGUACGUAGAUACUACUAGGGGAGCUAACUGUGAAGAUCAGAAAUGACUCCCGUUUUCCCGUGUCUCGGAUAUACGUGACGUUACCUGACACGUUUGUGGCGUAUGU